CUAAAACAAGAACUCGCCAUACCUCUCUGCCCCUCUCCUUCGCCCAUUUAAUCAUCGUCGCGUCAAUUCACUGAGAUAGAUGCCCCAUAGACAAAAUGGUCUCUACUCGUGGUCACCCUAAGGAAUUCCCUGAGCCCGACCUUACGCCUGGCAAAUCAACACCCUCUACCCCGUCGAAGUCAUCGCGAUCCCGCCUUGCUCGCAAAGGAAAAUGGGCGCAUACUCCUUCGAAUCUCGCCAUUAUAUGGCUGUUCGUUUCUCUACCUCUCGUUAGCUGGGAUACUUUUUAUGUUCUGUUUCGACCGUCCACGAUGCCUGGAGGAUGGCUUCACUGGCCGCUGUACGUCCCCUACGAAUUGUAUGGGAAGAUAGAUUUCAUAUAUGGGUGGAAGGCAUUCAAUGAACACAAUGGGUUCACGUCAGCGCAAGGCAUGCUGAACGUUAUCGAAUCCUUGAUGUAUGGUUAUUAUCUGUACAUUCUGUACUCGUACGGGAAACAAUCAAAGGCUCAGGGGCGAGGUGCUCCAAAGGCUUCAACUGUAGGAUUCUUGGGCCAACAACGAUAUGUAGAUGGGGAGAUGGGUGGUUUAGCUGUCUUGGUUGUGUACAGCGCUGCUCUGAUGACACUUAGCAAGACAGUUUUGUACUGGCUCAAUGAGUACUAUUCUGGGUUUGAAAACAUCGGCCACAAUAACUUCACGGACCUACUGUUUCUCUGGAUUAUUCCCAAUGGCGCCUGGAUCGUUCUUCCCACAUAUAUGGUAUACGCGAGUGGAUGUGAGAUCUUGCAAGGCUUGGCGAUCGUUGGCGGUGGAGCAAGCCCUUCUUCUGACGACACUUCGUUGGUGAAGACGGAGUAAUUAGAGGGGAGAGGAGAGCAAAAUGGUUUGUACUUGUGCAGCGACUUUCGGGUGGAGGCGUGAAGCUUUGUGUGGUUCCAGAUUCCCUUCCGGUUCUAAUGAGAAAACCAUGAGAGAGAGCCGAAGAUAUGUGUACAGUAGAAGUAAAAGACCAGAGUGCUGAGGAUCUUAAUGACACAUGCAGGACAUGAAACCAAUGAAUUGAAUUAUUCUUUGGUCGAGUUUUGACCCGUGGUGAAGAGAAGCAUUUGAUUAUGGAGCUAUCUGAGGCUGGU